UGGCCGUGGUACACAUGUAACGUAUGCCUGGUUAAGCUAUAAAAAAAGUGUAUAAACAUUUACAUAAUAAAACAUUAUUUAUUUAAGCGUAAUUAUACUAAAUGUUUUGAUUGUUUAGUCAAAAAUUUCAUUAAAAUAGUUUUUUUGUGAGAAAUUUGUGAACCAUGGUUUAUAUAUCGAAUGAUGGAAAUGUUUUGGAGAGUGCACCGUGGAGUUUGAAAAGACUAUACAAUAUUUUCAUUGGAAUAAUUUACAUGAUUAUUAUGUUUUUUAUGACCAUGAUCAAUCCCGACAUGAACAAAUAUGGAAGUGAUUAUGCAAGAGAUUACAGACCUGGGUUCAAGCCACCACGUCCACCAACACGUAGAUUAGGAAGACCUAACAUAGGAAAUACUGUAGACAUUCCAUUUGGUGGAUGUAGGAGCUGUGCUGGUUAACAUAAAAUAUAAAAUACAACUAAUCUACAUCAAGAUAUUCACAUUUAUUAACCCUCUCACGUUAAAUAUUGGGUCAUUUUAACACCGUCCAUUGGUUAUUUGUCAACAGUCGACUGUUACUUUAUCGUUAUAACAAGAAAUAACGAAGUAACGUUAUUGUGAUAGACCAAUGUAUCUAGUAUUGGAUAUAAUAUGAGGAGAAGAAAAAAUGUUUAGAGAACAAAUACGAUAUAAACAUACGGAACACUAAAUUUUCAUCGAAAAAUUGCUGACAUUUAAAGUAUGAUAAUUUCGUAACAAAACAUUAUACAACAAUCAUUCUGAAGUCGUUUUAAAACUUGGAGCUUCUAUUUUCAGAAUCCUUCAGCAGUUUUCUCCAGGGUCAUUUCUGCGUUAUGUAGGGAGAUGGAGAAGCGAGGGGGUUUUUUUUUUUUUUUUUUUCAAAAAUUGUUCGAUUACAAACGACUACAAACAUUGAAAAUUUUUUUUAAACACUACAAUCAUCACGGAUUUGAGGACUGAAGCCUCCCCUUUAUAACGACCACUCAAAAGUUAAUGUACGAUUUUUUUCACCGUGUUAUUGUACUUCGAAUGAGAAAUGUGCCGCCGGUAUUAAAAUAACUCAAGGUUCACCACGUGGAGGUUGCACGGACGGACUUGUACCUCAUGUGCAUGUGGUGUGUGUGAUUUAAUAGUGGCUAAACGUUCAAAAUCGGGUAAUUGAUGCACGUGUACUUUGGGUUAUUCUAAUGCCGGUGGCACAUUUCUCAUUCAAAGCGAAAAGAAAUCGUACAUUAACUCCUGAGGGGUCGUUAUAAAUGGGAGGCUUUAAUCUUCAAAUUCCUAAUGAUUGUAGCGCUUAAAAAAAUUUUUCGAUGUCUGUUUAGUCAUUUGAAAUUGAACAAUUUUUGAAAAAAAAACACCCUCCCACGUAACGCAAAAAUGACUCUGGAGAAAACUGCUGAAGAAUUCUAAAAAUAGAGGCUCCAAGCUUUAAAACGACUUCAGAAUAAUGUAUGAUAUUUUGUUAUGAAAUUAUCACACUUUAAAUAUCAGCAAUUUUUCGAUGAAAAUGUAGUAUUCCCUAAAUUUUGCACGCCAGUGUAUUAUUGGUAUACUUUUGAAGUAGAUCUUGAAAAAACUGAAAUUAUUGUAGAGAAAAUUCAUGGAUACCGUAUGCUGAAACAGACGAGUAUUUUUUAAAAAGGAUCUAAUCAUAAAAUUACUGAUUACUUUGUUAUUGACAUAAUUCCAGCAGAAGAUUUAUUGAAAAUUUUUACAGUUGAGAAAACGAACAAUUCAUUACAGUCAAAAAGAAAGAUAAUUUUAAAAACACUAGAUUGAAUUAAAGGCAGACAAAUAAAUUGAAACAAGUACACAAUAACAAAUUUAUAUAAUUUAUAAUUGUGUGAUAGCAAGUAUAAUACAAUAUGUAAAAUAUGUCAAAAGAAUAAUUUGUUAAAACCCAUACAGUGAAAAGCAAUAUUACGUGUAUGCAGGUGCGGAAGCAUAAUAAAGAUCGUAUGUAAUAUGCAUAUUAUAUAUAUAUUGUUAUUACUGUUCGAUAAAAUGUUACAAAGUAAGAAAAUAAUGCUAUCAAAAUAAUAAAAAAAUUAGUUAGAAACGUUCCCUUAAAAUGUACAAAUAUAUUUAAACUUUCACUAUGGAUCAAAGUGACUUGGCAUUCGAACCUCGAACCUCGUCGUUGCUAGAGCAUCCGAUGUCCGAGGGUUAAUUAUAUUUUUAUAUGUAUAUUAUAAUUAUUCUGUAUUGUUAUGUAAUGUUUUUACAUGAUUACAUCGAAUAAAAUCAUUACAAUAAAUAAGUAAAUCAUAAUUUUAUUAAACGUAUUAAUUUAAUUUUACAUUAAAAGUCAUUAAAAAUAUAUUACACAUUAUACAUUAAGAAAAAAG